UCUGACACACCUUGAAAACGAGACAGCCCUUGGGGUUUUUUUUCCUGACGUGCACGAGCUGCUCAUUCUCGCUCUCGUCUUAUUUACGGCCGCACGUAGUAGUAGCACACACACACACAUAGCUCAGUAGCCCGAUUAACGGUCUCUUGAAACGCCACAGGUAGAGAGAGUAAGCCCCCACUGAAAGACACACAGAGAGACGGUACAAAACAGAGGUUAGACGCAACACACUUAUUUGUUCGCGAGGGUCUCUUCGGGGUGUUUAUUGUCGGCGUUCCUUCUUAUGUAAUCACCUGUAGCCGUGGAUUGUGAAAUUUCGUCUUAUGUAAUCUGUUUUCUGCAUAGCUUUCCGCUGGGUCACAUCAAGGAGUGUUCAAAAACAGAACUUCCAACAGAAAUGAGAAAUUGCGAAAAUUCAGUUUAGGCCGAAAGGAAAAUUUCAGUGCGUUUUCUUUUUUCGUUGUGCUUCAGGGAUAACUGCAGAAAGUUAUCUAUAACAGUGAACGGCGAGAAAAUAUAAGUUGGCCGAUUUGUGAUAAAUACAGGACAUAAUUUGAGAUUGCAGUGCCAGGAUAUCUUUGUAAAUAUAACGGACAGUGAACCAGUGAGCAGAUUUUCAAGCAAGGAGCACCACCUUUCUCCUGCAUGGCGGCACAGACCCCUUCCACGUGGCUUACGUCUCUCGUGUUCCCUUCGCUGGAGGUAAUGAAGACCCCACAGCCGCACGUAGGACCCCAGCACCCCCCCCUGGCCAACGGCCUCGUCAACGGCGCCCUCAGGCACGAGAACCAGGAGAACGGCCUGCCCAACGGCCUUCUGAACGGACACGAUCCCAACUUGCAGAAUAACGAAGUUGGGGAUCCGGCGAGGAACAUCCCGUUUUCUUUCCCGCCCCUGGUACCCGCUGUAACCCCGGCCACCCUCGAGCCAACCAUAGCCAUCCGCCCCGAAGACUCAAAGAACUUGGAGAACUGCAUGAUAAAGCAUGACCCGACGCACGGCCAAGACCGCAAGAACGCCCUCAGGGAAGUCUACAGCGCUGAUUCGAACAGAGCCACUGAAUCGAGACGGAUUCGAUACCUCAGCCAGAGCGAGGACACGCACGAGUACCUUUUUGGUGUUCCAGAGCCCUUGGAAGCCAUGAUGGAAGUGAGGGAGAAGGGAGAGGAUGAAGAGAUGGAACUCAUGAGUAAGAAGUUGGGAGAUUUGUCGACCCUGGUUCGCGAACAUCUGGUUCACGUGGAGAACCGGUUAUUUGAGAUGUUCGGUGACAAGGAGAACCAGACCAUUAACAUCAACAAGUUCUUAAUGGGCCUGACAGCCACGGGACUAAGACAUUCCGACCAACGGCUAGCGGAGAUGAGGAAGAAUUUGAGAAAAGUCCAAGAAAAGGUCGCAGCUUCCGAUCCCCAGGCGUUGAUCGUCAAUUAUGAGACGUUUAUGAGCAUCAUAUCGGAAAAUCUUGAGAUUGUUGUCAAAGCCUUUUCUUCCUCCUUCGUCAUCCCCGAUUUCCGCGGAUUCUGCCAUCACAUCGACGAAAUCUACAACAACUGCAAAGGCAACACCGAUGGCAAGAUCGCUUCUUACAUCCCUCAACUGGAACGCAUGAGAGCCGAUAACUGGGCAGUGUCAGUCUGUACAGUGGAUGGUCAACGCUACUCACUGGGAGAUGUCAACACCCCUUUUACACUCCAGUCUUGUAGCUACGUAAUGACGUACGCGAUGGCGGUGGGAGAGCUGGGCGCCCAAGCUGUGCACUCGCGUGUUGGUAUGGAGCCGUCUGGACGCUACUACAACGAGCUUUGUCUCGACUACAGCAACAAACCUCACAACCCUAUGAUCAACGCCGGCGCCAUCAUGACAGCCGCGCUCUUGAAGCCUGAACUGUCAGCCGCAGAUCGCUUUGACUAUGUUUUCCACAUGUACAAGCGCCUGGCCGGGGGAGAGUACCUUGGUUUCAACAACGGCGUCUUCCUGAGCGAGAGGGAGUGUGCUGACAGGAACUUCGCCCUCGCCUACUUCAUGAGGGAGAACAAGUGCUUCCCUCCGAACACGAAGCUCCACGAAACCCUCGAUUUUUACUUCCAGUUGUGUUCGCUGGAGAUCACGGCGGAGGCAGGAGCGGUCAUGGCGGCGACCCUGGCCAACGGCGGCAUCAACCCACUGACCGGAGACCCUGUGUUGACCGUGGAAGCCGUGAGAAAUACCCUGACCUUGAUGCACUCCUGUGGCAUGUACAAUUACUCGGGGCAGUUCGCGUUCAAGGUUGGACUCCCUUCCAAAUCCGGCGUGUCAGGCUGCGUGCUCCUGGUCGUCCCCAACACCAUGGGCAUUUGCCUUUGGUCGCCGCCCCUCGACUCCAACGGGAACUCCUGCCGCGGCGUUCAGUUCUGCAUGGAACUCGUAUCGAGGUUCACCUUCCACAACUUCGACAACCUCCGCAACCACAUCACGACCAAGACGGAUCCUCGCAUGGCCAAGGCGGAGUCCCGGGCGCAGA